AUGUCCAGCCACGUGGAAGAGAUUUCACAGCACUGGUUGGUGUCCAAGAUCUUCUUGUCGUACCUGAUUGCUAUCACUGGGAGUUUCUGCACGAUCCAGUUGAUGGAGAAAUGGCGUAGUGCUAUUGACACGAGGGACAAGUUAAUACUCAUGCUGUUAUCGUCGAUUGCUUUGGAUGAUGGCUCGGUGCUCACUGUGGACUUCGAGGCUGGUCUGACGAUACUUUCGUUCAUCUGUGCGGUUGGUGGCGUCUUCGUUGGUCUCAAGAUCGCGUCUGCUGACCCCUUCUUCCUCGAACUGGAGCAGGAGAAGCGCAAGAACAUUCUGGUGAAAGACUUGGCCUCAACUGCUAUGGCGGACGUUGUCAACAAGCAGAAAGUUGCCAAGCGCAUCAAAUUCAUCGCCUUGUUCUCGCGUCUCCCCAGAAUUGCCGGUGGAGGACUCUUCGCCGCACUUGGCGUUCUCGUCAUGCAUUAUCUGGGUAUGAUGGCCCAGCGAACGCACGCUGAUAUGACCUUAACUGCUGGGCUUGUGGUAUUGUCUGUGCUCAUCGCAUUCUUCACGGCGACUGCUGCGUUCUGGAUCCUGUUCCGAGCCCUGACAUUUUUCCAGGACAGUGAAUUGCUUCGACUGGGAAGUGCUCUUACCAUGGGCAUAGCUGUUUGUGGAACUCAUUACUCGGGUAUGGGGGCAGCCAGCUACACUUUCAAUGCUGAAGGGAUGGGAGACGGCGGUCUGGUGAUGAAAGGAUCCCAAGCAGCUAUCCUGGCAUCUCAUGGUUCAUUGCUCUUCUGCUACUGGGUGAUGACCUGGAGUGUUGCUUCCAGUGUGCGCAACAUCGCUUCGAUGACGAGCACGCAAGAUUGUCGUUGGCAAAGCAAAGGUGGCCGACAGCAAUAA